AUGAUCACAGAUAUACAGCUUGCCAUCUUGGCCAACAUACUGGCCACAUCCCCAGUCCAUGUGUUGCUCUUCUUGUUUGUGGUUCUCUAUCACUAUGUAGCUGUCAAUAAUCCCAAAAAGAAGCAAUGA